AUGUCCGUCACGCACGCCCCCGCGCGCGCGGUCGCGAAGCCGACCGCGAUGCGGACGCGAAAGAGCGCGCGAUCGGCGACGAUCGUCCGCGCCGAGGAGGCCAAGGCGAAGACGGAAUCCGCCGCGCCCGCGGUGUGGACCGCGCCGAAGUUGGACCCGAACACGCCGUCUCCGAUCUUUGGUGGUUCCACCGGGGGACUUUUGCGCAAGGCGCAGGUUGAGGAGUUCUACGUGCUCACGUGGGAGGCGAAGAAGGAAGCCAUUUUCGAGAUGCCGACCGGUGGUGCCGCGAUCAUGCGCAAGGGCCCGAACCUUUUGAAGCUCGCGCGCAAGGAGCAGUGCCUCGCGCUCUUGAACACCUUCCGCUCCAAGAUGAAGCUCGACGGUUGCAUCUACCGCGUCUUCCCGUCCGGUGAGGUGCAAUACUUGCACCCCAAGGAUGGUGUGUACCCGGAAAAGGUUAACAAGGGUCGCGUGGGUGCCAACCAAAACAUGCGCUCCAUCGGUAAGAACACCAACCCGGCCAAGAUUAAGUUCCAAGGCAAGUUGGGUCCGUUCGAAGUUUAG